AUGUCAGCAGGCGGUAGCGGCCCGUCCGGAAGGCACCUCAAACCCACUUUCAAGUCAUGGACGCCGGCAGAAUGGGCAAAAGCCGCCAUCUUUGUCAGUUGCCCGCGGUGGCAUGUUGAUCGGCUUGACGACUCGAUGAGUGCGGUUUCGGGUCGACUUUCACCCUGCGGGUCGGUUGGGCCGCCGUCUCUGGGUGGCGACUUUCUACGAUUGCCCUCCCCGAUUCUGGGGCGAGAUGAAGCUGCUCAUGGCUAUGAUGCCAAGUUCAACAGGCAGCCCCCGUUGUCGCCUGAAGCCGUGCUGAGUGAUGAAGCCUUGACAACCGACAUUCCUCCACCCGUCCAUCUGCCCACACACAGAGGAAGAGAGAGAGGGACCCGGAGACAGGCACCAAUCGUAUCGCGACAAGACUGUUAA